CAAAAGAAAGCCAAGAUGAAGAACUAUUUGCUUUUCUGGGGAGUCCUGACCAUUUUUGUUAUGGCUGUUCUUGUGACAGCCCAAGAUGAAGAUGAAAGGACUGUUCUUGUUGACAACAAAUGUAAGUGUGCCCGGAUUACUUCCAGGAUCAUCCCUUCUGCUGAAGAUCCUAGUCAAGACAUUGUGGAGAGAAACAUCAGAAUUAUUGUUCCUCUGAACAGCAGGGAGAAUAUCUCUGAUCCUACCUCACCCCUGAGAACCAAAUUUGUGUACCAUUUGUCCGACCUCUGUAAAAAAUGUGAUCUUACAGAAGUGGAGCUGGAUAAUCAAGUAGUUACUGCCACCCAGAGCAAUAUCUGUGAUGAAGACAGUGAGACUUGUUACACUUAUGACAGAAACAAGUGCUAUACAAACAGGGUCCCACUUACCUAUGGUGGUAAGACCAAAAUGGUGGAAACAGCUUUGACCCCGGAUUCCUGCUAUCCUGACUAAUUUAAGUCAUUGCUGACUGCACAACUCCUUAUCUUGAAAGGCUCUCCAUUUUGAUUCCAGGUAGUUAAUAUAUUUACUACCAGUGAAUUUGAAACCAUGAUUUUUCGGGGGGGAUAAUAUAAAACUAACUACCCCACUCCCCCCCCACCCCCUUGCCCCCAGGCAAAUAACUGAAAUAGUAGCAUUGUUAUUUUUUAAGGUAAAUUUCUAGCAUUUAAAAAAAUAGACAAGGGGAGAAAAUAAAACUCAAAAGAGUAAAAAUCAGGAGACAUAAUUAAAUUUUGCCUUUUUUUUUUUUGGCUUUGCCCUUGAGAGCCUGAGCUUUUGCACAUUCCAUACUAUUCUCUUUAAAAAAAGUAUCACUGUGCAGAGAAAAUUUAUAUGUAAAUAUAGGUCAAUUGUUUGUCUUCAUUAGAAAAAUAAUAAUUGGAAAACAUGUUUUGGAAAUAUUCAUAAAAUAAUUUUAAAAUGGGAUCUCUAAUAUUUAUGAAAACAGUUAGCUGAAAGUGACAUAAUUAAGUGUAUAAUUGAAAAAUAUAUUUUGAUAUAACAGAUUUGGGAGCAAAUGAUAUGGAUUUUUUUUAAUAAAUUUUUUUUGAUAAUCAGGAUAGUGUGAGAAAUUCCCAUUAGAAAUCACCUCUGUUUAUAACUGAAUCUAACAAAUUAUGUAUUCCAAAAUAUGUAUUCUCCAGCACAGUUUGAACAAUUAAAUAGAUUCAUAAGCAUAUACCUGUGUGAAAUAAUUUACUGGAAAAAAGUUUGCUUGUGUUAACUUUGCUGUAUGUAAGUAAAAAUAUCAUUUAUGGGACUUCCCUGGUGGCGCAGUGGUUAAGAAUCUGCCUGCCAAUGCAGGGGACACAGGUUCAUGCCCUGGUCCAGGAAGAUCCCACAUUCCCCAUAGCAACUAAGCCUGUGCGCCGCAACUAUUGAGCCUGCGCUCUAGAGCCCGUGAGCCACAACUCCUGAAGCCCAGGCACCUAGAACCCCGCCCCACAACAAGAGAAGCCACUGCAAUGAGAAGCCCGCGCGCCGCAACCAGAGAAAGCCCGUCACAGCAACGAAGACCCAGUGCAGCCAAAAAUAAAUAAAUAAAUAAACAAAUAAAUAAACAAAAAUAUCAUUUAUUACGGAGGAACAGUUUGUAAGUAUAAUUAUGCAUUAAUUACUGAAUUCAAACCUGUAAUAGUUGAGGUAGCUUUGUCAUUUUAUACCUAAAAUUAAAAAGGCCAAGUCCAUCCUGACAAAUAUAGUG